ACAACUCAGCUACACACACAUGCGCCAUGUUUAGCUAGAGAAAACAAAAGGUGCAAAUUCCAUUGCUGAAUGUUCAUAAUAACAAAUUGUAUACGCGCAAAGAAAAAGAAAAAAACGAGUAUGAGAAAGGAAAUUUGGAGUGGCUGACAGUACUUUCUGGAGGUUGCUACAAUGCCCUUUCCGACUGCUAACCAGGCACUAGCGGCACAGCAAACCCUUAAGCACUAUGGGAUCACUUCUCCGAUCAGUUUGACUCUGCCCAAGGAGGCUGACCUGGUACAGACACAGAAGCUGACCGAGACCCUGAAUCCCUAUGGUGUGUUUGAGGAGGAACUGGAGCUACAGCGGAGGAUCCUUGUGCUGGGGAAGCUCAACACUCUAGUGAAAGAGUGGAUCAGGGACAUCAGUGAAUUAAAGAACUUGCCUGCAUCGUUGAUUGAAACAGUUGGAGGAAAGAUCUUCACGUUUGGCUCCUACAGGUUGGGAGUUCAUACUAAAGGUGCUGACAUUGACGCUCUGUGUGUGUCUCCUCGUCAUGUGGAGAGAACUGACUUCUUCACCUCCUUCUAUGAGAAGCUCAAAGAGCAAGAAGAAGUCAAAGAUUUAAGGGCUGUGGAAGAGGCGUUUGUUCCAGUUAUAAAAUUAUCUUUUGAUGGCAUUGAGAUUGACAUCCUGUUUGCCCGGUUAGCUUUGCAAACCAUCCCGGAGCAUUUGGAUCUCCGAGAUGAUGGACUCCUGAAAAACCUGGACAUUCGCUGUAUCAGGAGUCUCAAUGGUUGCAGAGUUACAGAUGAGAUCCUCCAUCUUGUGCCCAACAUCGAGAACUUCAGACUGACACUGAGAACGAUCAAGCUAUGGGCCAAACGACACAACAUCUACUCUAACAUCCUGGGCUUCCUGGGCGGGGUGUCGUGGGCCAUGCUGGUGGCCAGGACCUGCCAGCUCUACCCCAACGCUGUGGCCUCCACCCUGGUGCACAAGUUCUUCCUGGUCUUCUCCAAAUGGGAGUGGCCCAACCCUGUCCUGCUGAAGCAACCGGAGGACUGCAACCUGAACCUGCCAGUGUGGGACCCCAGGGUGACUCCAAGUGACCGGUACCACCUCAUGCCCAUCAUCACCCCGGCCUACCCCCAGCAGAACUCCACCUACAACGUGUCAGCUUCCACUCGCGCCGUCAUGGUGGACGAGUUCAAGCAGGGCCUUGCCAUCACAGACGAAAUAUUGCAGAAUAAAGCAGAGUGGUCCAAACUAUUUGAAGCACCAAACUUCUUUCAGAGAUACAAGCAUUAUAUUGUGUUGCUAGCAAGCGCACCCACAGAGAAGCAGCACCUUGAGUGGGUGGGUCUGGUGGAGUCAAAGAUCCGGAUCUUGGUGGGCAAUCUGGAGAAGAACGAGUUCAUCACUCUGGCCCAUGUCAACCCACAGUCCUUCCCUGGACCCAAGGAAGGAGCAGACAAGGAGGAGUUCAGCACCAUGUGGGUCAUCGGGAUCGUCUUUAAGAAAAUGGAGGGAUCAGAGAACCUGAAUGUGGACCUAACAUUCGACAUCCAGUCCUUCACUGACACGGUGUACAGACAGGCGAUUAGCAGCAAGAUGUUUGAGCAGGACAUGAAGAUUUCAGCCAUGCACGUGAAAAGGAGACAGCUCCACCAGCUGCUGCCUAACCUGACCAUCCAGAAACGUAGAAAGCAUUCGACAGAGGGGCUCCGUCAGAUGAAUGACAACAGUCUGGACCUAUCGCUGGACAGCGACAACAGCAUGUCAGUUCCCUCCCCCACCUCGGUCACUCCGACCAAGGGAGCCCCACUGGGCCCUCCUCCCUACCCAGGUGUUCCAGUCUCAGAGCUCACCAGAGAGGCAGAGGGGACCAGGCCCACCAUGACCCGCCAGCGCUCCCUGUCCUCCUCCCUCCCACCCAGCCAGACGCCCCCUCCCACCAUGGGCCCCCCAGCCACCAAAAGACCAGGCUCCCCCCUACUGGAGGACACCCCUGCCAAGAAACUCAAAGUGGACGAGGAACCAGCCACUGAGAUGGAGACCUCCGGAGAGACUGCAGAUGUCACGCCCAGCCAGACCCCCUCUCCUCCCCUGGGCCUCCCGGCCGUGAUGGGUUCAGGCUCUCCUCAGCCGGAGGAUCCUGCAGCAGAUAAACUCAGCGUAGACGAGGGUCUGAUCUCAGAGCCUAAACCAGAAGGGGAGAGUGUGGACAUCUCUGCUGUCGACCCCGAGAUAACCGAGGAAAUGUCUCAAGGCGAAGUUAAUAUGGAGGCUCAAAUGAAGAAAAUGGCCGCGGCAGAUCUCUCAGACGUCCCCCUGCUCCCCUCCAACCCCAUCCCAGUGGUGAAGAACUCCAUCAAGCUUCGCCUGAGCAGGUAGAAGCCGACCACCAGACCCAGACCCCCCCCACCCCCCCAGUCCCUGCUCCCGGCCCUCUACCAGUGCACCUCCAGUGGUACGUGUCCCCACAGCCAGGAGAUGCCUACUCUGCGGUACAGAGAGACAGACAGACAGACAGACAGACAUGGAGCCACAGGAACAGAUGUCCUGCUGCUCACUGGUGAGGUUUAUCCAACCCGCUGCAGGACACAGUUUCACCCUCUAGGGGGCGAUAACGCCCUUCUGCUGGAUUCUCUCAUGUCGCCACCUCCCAUGAGCCCUCUGGAGAAGUGGACGGCAGUCACAAACUCUCUACCUGGGGAAACCUUCCAGGAAGAACAGGGCAUCUUCAGCCAACGCUUUGCUUUUCCCAGGUAAACGAUGAUGCACAAAUCUGAUGUCACACUCCCAUGACACGCGCACGCCUGUGCUUUCUUGUUUUUUUUUUUUUUUUUUUUCUGGGCGCACACAUAUGCUGUUUCAAUUCCUCUCCCUCGCUCUGCCUCUCUUUCUGUCUCUCUCAUCGUGUUUGUUUAGAGAAAAGACAACGAUGACAAAUGUCUAUUUGAUAAUGUGGUGCUUUCUUUGUCAAAAGUGAUUGAUGGUGUCGCAAGUUGUAUCUGUGUUACCUUUUAGGAGGGGGGGGGGGAAGGUAAAUAAGUUGCUCCAGGUGUUUGUUACAGUUAAGUGGUGAGUUUCCUGAAACCUGAUGUUACCUUCAAAUCACUGUUUGUCAGUUGGCCACUAUGUGGGCUCACAUUAUUCUUCCUCAUACAAAGGUUUUGUUCAUUUCAUCCCAGAUCAUGGACCAGUUGAGAGAUAAGUCACAAUCACCAAGUACUCAAUAUUAACAGUACUGUGGCCUUCAGGGUGUGGGGGGGCAAGAUUGUUCAGGGUUUGGGGGGCACCAAACACACACGCACACAUUCACUGUUCAGAAGUACGAAUGGAAGUAGCUCAGGGGUUGAGUAUAGAACUGACCAAAAAUCCUCUGUCUGUUGGGACAGAGUGGUCUCUGUCUGUGGGGACAGAGUGGUCUCCGUCUGUGGGGACAGAGUGGUCUCUGGACUAGUCGAAGGGAGGACACUUCAAGUCACCAAGACAGCCCUCCACCUUCUCUCUAACGCUCUGAUUAAUGGUCACUAGGCAGAGGAAUGCCAUCAUGGGAGGAUCGAUAGUUUGAGUUACUUUAUUCAUUUCAAAUACAUGCACUGUACAGUAACUGGUAGUGUCUGUCUUGUGCAACUACAGAAAAUUAAUACAAAUUAUACAUUUUUGUGUGGACUAUAAGGAUGGAGUUUUAGCCUUGAUGGACGUUUAAUUGUAGCAUAAAGACAAUGCUAUGUGAGUCAAAAGAGACAAUUACAUCACAAUUCUCCUUAUUUGGCAAUUUAUUUUAGUUUUUGCUUUGGUAACAUUAUCAUAAUUGGAAGAAAUAAUAAAAAUAGUAAGUGGGUUGAAAUCUUAGGGUAGGUUAGCAGUACAAAGUCAUUUUUUGUUCGACCGAUUUCAAAGUUAGAGUUGAACUGAAUUUUCACUUUCAAUAUUUUACGUUGAUGUAUUAACAACUUGCUUUGCCUCAAUUGUUUGUGUAAAUCGUGUGGAGUAUGUUAACGAUGAAGCAGAAUAAAAGACCACUGUCAUCCUUCGGUGCGUAUAUCUCCAUGUAAAAAAAAUCAUUUCAACAAUGACAAAACGUUUUUCAUUUCAACUUUUCAUUUCAUUUUUUUCUUAGGCUUAUUUGUAAGAACAAGGUAUUGUACUUUUUCUUAAAUAAAGGUCUACGUUGCAA